CUGUCAUAAAAUAGCCAAAAACUAUAACAUGAUUAACACUGUAGACUCACGGCACAAAAACAUAUUCAAUGACAUAAACAUAUUUACAUUAUUAGAUUGAGAAUAAAUAAUAGAGAUGAGAAACCAUUUAAUUUCAAAUCAAUGAAAAGGGUCUGAAUAGUUUUGGAAAACUUUAGCUGAAACUUUCUCAUAUUUUAAUUGGUUGAGUAGGGAAUGAUGCACACCUAUUCCAUAUAACCUGGCCAUAGACUAUGAUAAUAGGAUAUCACUUCAUCUAAAAGCAAAUUCAUUUUUCACAAAGGUAUCUUACACACACACAAGUAAAAAAAAUUAUUCUGUUUUCAUUCAAUGCAGAAGUAGCUAUGACAAAGCCUUGUGAUUUGCAAAUCAAAAUUAAUGAUCAGCAGAUAUUCCUUUUGAAAGAGAAGAUUAUAUCAAAAUACUGUGGAGAGGUGAAGAAAAUCUUGAAUCAUCAAAAGAAAAGAUGUCAAGUGAAGAAGAUGGGAAUUAUGAUCAACGAUUUCCCGGGAGGUUCAGAUGGGUUUGAGCUAAUUUCAAGGUUUUGUUACAACAAUGGUGAAAUACCAAUUACUGUGGCAAAUGUGUCUCUUCUCUAUUGUUGUGCCAUUUAUCUUGGAAUGACUGAGGAAGUUUUCAACAACAAUCUCUUGCAACAAACACAAACUUUUAUUGAGGGGAUGCAUAAUUGGAAAUGGAAUGACAUACUUGAAAGUCUAAUGAGUUGCAAAUUGUUCUAUACAUAUGCAGAUUGCUAUGGUCUAUUGGAGAAGAUCAUUAGUGCACUGUUAAUAAAGAUUGUCCAAAAUUCAGAUGCAAACCUCAUAACUUACACUGCCUCUUUCUCAUCGUCAUCACCAUCAUCAUCAACACCAUCUUCACCUGAAAGCAAUUCUGUCAAGAGAUUCUCUUCUUCAACACAAACUACACCAGAAAUAACCAAGUCAACUCUGCCAAGCAAAGCAUGGUGGUUUGAAGAUUUGGCAAUUUUACCACCAAAUAUAAUUGAGAAACUUUUUCAGUGUAUUGAAGCAUACAAAGCUGAAAACAACAACUUAAUCUUUACAAGAUUUCUGUUGCAAUAUCUGAAAACAGCUACUCAAACCAAAGCUGUUGAUUGCAGAAACAGCAAUGAGUAUGCUGCUCUUGCAGAAACAGCUGCUUAUGGAGUCAUACUUGUUGCUAAGAAAACCUUUUCUUGCAGAGGGCUAUUUUGGGUAUUAAGGCUUGUUUCUAGAUUUGGGUUGAGUAAAGGUUGCAGAACUGAACUGGAGAAAUUGAUUGGAGGGAUGCUUGAACAAGCUACACUGGAUGAUCUUUUGGUCUCUGGAAAUGAUAUGGGGACUUAUUAUGAUGUUAAUUUGGUGAUAAGACUGGUUAAACAAUUUGUUGAUACCAAUAGCUAUGAUGGAGUGUCUUUACAGAGAAUGAAAAGGGUUGGUAGAUUAAUUGACAAGUAUUUGAGAGAGAUAUCACCUGAUCAGAAACUCAAGAUCUCUAAAUUUCUUGGAGUUGCAGAAUGUUUACCUGACUCUGCAAGGGAUUGCUUUGAUGGGGUGUACAAAGCUAUUGAUAUCUAUCUUGAGUCUCACCCAAAUGUUCCAUUUGAGGAAAGAUCAAGAUUGUGUAAAUGUCUUAACUAUGGUAAACUCAGUUUUGGAGCUAGUAAAGAUCUGGCCAAGAACCCCAGAAUACCUCCAGGGGUUGCAAUGCAGGCACUUAUUUCCCAACAAAGAAAAAUUCCAACAAGCAACUUUGUAACUGAGAGUCCAAGAAAAAGCCGUUCCCAAAUAGUUGUGUACAAUGAAGCCAACAAAGACAGCUUCUGCCAAGAGAGAAAGUACAUAAAACUAAACCUGGAGGGAUUGCAAUAUAAGGCAGUAGAACUGGAGAAAUUAGAAGAAGUGAAUGGUCAGAUUUCAAAUAUGUUUAGCCGUAAUGUCUUGCUCACUCCUCGUUCUAGAAACUUGCCAAGAUAUUGUUGAAUAUCUUCCUCUUGUGUACCUGUCUUUCACUAUCCAUUAUACGCAUUUAUGGUAUUGUAAAAAGCUGUAAUUUCACUUUGAUUUUAUAUUUUGCCUAGAAUUUCAAUGUGAUAGAAGGAAUGGUAUAGAAAAGAUUCCAUCAUUGUAGCUCUCGAACUUCUUGGUUACAUGGCAAAUAUUAUUAUUGGAUAAAAUACGAAAAA